CAGAGCGGUCCGGGUCCGGUCUGACCCGUCCUCCACCGACACCUCCUGCAGCAGCAGCACCUGGAGGAGGCAGAAGCCUCACACUGCGUUGGAUCCGUUCCAGCCGUCGGGUCGUGAGUAAAUGAUCCAUGUGGAACCCAAAGCGGAGUGAGACCCGAGCCCCGUCCAAACAACAACACCUUCUCAGGUUUUGGCAGCAGAUUGGGUUUCAUGGUUCGUCGGCCUGAAGCAGUGAAAGUAAGUGGAGCCGGGGAACGACACAAAACAGACAGAGCUCUGUAAUUACAAACCACACAUUGUGUGCGUAGACGUUUUGGGCUAUUUCUCAUCACUCGCUGCUUGUUUUCCUGUUCGGUUUCCAGUCCAGCUUUGCUCAUCUCAGGCCCGUUAGAAUCCACCCGCCCUGAACCUGGUCACUGUGAGCUGCUUUCAGUCUCCAGACAGAACUUCCCUAACGGUGUCGGUUCAGCUCGGCUCCUGUAACACAUAGAAAGCUGUAACUGGGACAUUGAGGCUCACGUGAUGCCAGACGUUGCAUUCGCCCGACUCUGUAAAUGUCAGUGUAAACUUUAAGGAGUAGCUCACACAGGAAGCUAUGAUCUGAGAUGAACCCUUAAACACGUGAUACCUGAGCCCACAGCUUCUCUCCUCCUCUGCUGACUCCACCUGAGGGGGAGGUUUAAAAGCUGCCGAGACGCCUCCAUGCGCUCAGACGACGUACAUCCACCUAACCUGUGCUUUUCCAGCCACCUCUUCCCUGUGUCCGUCCAGCGCUGCAUCCCUCAUCUCUGUCCACCAUGAGCCUGAGUCGGACCAAGCGGAUCAGCUCCAGCACCUCCGUCCGGGGCAGCAGUGGCUCCAGGAGGCUGAGCAGCUUCAGCCCGGGUCAGGCCGGCUUCAGCGGCAUCUCCCUGAGCGGCGGCUCCCUGUACGCAGGCGCCAACGGGCACCAGCACGGCCUGGGGGCCCCGCUGGCCUCGCUGUCCGUCAACAAGAGCCUGCUGGCCCCCCUCAACCUGGAGAUAGACCCCAGCCUGUCCAUGAGCCGGGCCCACGAGAAGGAGCAGAUCAAGAGCCUCAACAACCGCUUCGCCAGCUUCAUCGACAAGGUGCGUUUCCUGGAGCAGCAGAAUAAGAUGCUGGAGACUAAGCUGGAGCUGCUCCAGGGUCAGGGUGUGACCCGGUCCAACGUGGAGCCCCUGUUUGACGCCUACAUGGCAGGUCUGAGGCGCCAGAUGGACCUGGUCAAUAACGACAAGACCAAGCUGGACGGGGAGCUGAGGAACAUGCAAGGUCUGGUGGAGGACUACAAGCACAAAUACGAAGACGAGAUCAACAAGAGAAACAACCUGGAGAAUGACUUUGUUAUCCUCAAGAAGGAUGUAGACUCGGCCUAUUUGGUAAAGGCAGAUCUGGAGGACAAGGUUGGAGCUCUAACCGAUGAAAUUAACUUUCUACGCAACAUCUAUGAGGAGGAGCUGCGUGAGCUGCAGUCCAGCAUCAAGGACACCUCAGUGGUGGUGCAGAUGGACAACAGUCGGAGCCUGAACAUGGAGCAGAUCGUGGCUGAGGUCAAAGCUCAGUAUGAGGAGAUCGCUGCCCGCAGCAGAGAGGAAGCGGAGGCCUGGUACAAGAGCAAGUUCGACCAGAUGUCGGUGCAGGCCAGCCAGUUUGGAGACGAGCUGCGCAUCGUGAAGGGGGACGUGGCCGAGGUCAACCGACUGAUCAGCCGGCUGCAGAGCGAGAUCGAGGCUGUCAAAGCUCAGCGAGGCAGCCUGGAGAACCAGCUGGCUGAGGCCGAGGAACGCGGGGAGCUGACGGUGAAGGAGGCCAAAGCUCGAACCAGAGACCUGGAGGACGCGCUCCAGAGGGCCAAGCAGGACAUGGCCAGACAGCUCAGAGAGUACCAGGACCUGAUGAACCUGAAACUAGCUCUGGACAUCGAGAUCGCCACCUACAGGAAGCUGCUGGAAGGAGAGGAGGACCGGCUUGGCCAGCAGUCCAUCCUCAGCAUCCACCCGGUCUCCAACUACAGCACUAAAAGUACCAACGGCUUCCACAGCACCAGCAGCUCACCUGUCCCUAAGCUGCUGAUAAAGACGACCGAGACCAGAGACAGCAGCAGAUACAGCAUUCACUGAGAGUCUGAUCCAAACAGCGGCUGCAGAGGACCUUCAAACCCUGCUACGUGUGCACAUUUUACUGGGUUGUCAUUUUUAAUGGUGAUUGUUGGAGUUUGAAUUUGAACUGUGUAAAAAGGUGCAUGAAGUGAAAGGGUUUGAAUCUGUUCUAUAUCUACUAAACAGCAUAAAACUGUUCCAGCAUAAACAUGUAGAGCAUUUACAAACAUCUACACUUUCUUUGAUUUUCUAACACAUCUUCACAUGUGCAGGUGCAGGGGAGCAUUUGUUUAUUACUAAUUCUUAGUAAUGGAAAAAUAAACUAAUGAAUCAUUUAAAAACAGUGGCAAUUAUGCUGAUUUGCAUUUGCUGACAUAAUUGACAUUAUACUUCAUAAUGGAUUUCUCAUGUUGACUUUAAGUAAAGCUUGUAGUUGGAACCAGCAGCAGGAAACAUGCUCUGAGGUUAUAAUAGAAUGAACACUUUGUAGUGAUGAUUUGGGGAAUGUUCUGUAAAUGGGUUUCAUGAUUAUGAGUUAAGUUUAUUCCUAGUUAAUACAGGUUUUACUGUUAAUUAAUGACGUAACCUGUUUCGUUUGGUAGCUAGUAUUGAUUAUUAUUGGGUCUUUAUUUAGACAUGUGGUCAUUGGGUUUCACUCAGUUAAAAGCAUUUUUCUUCUGUUUUCUUUACAAAUAAAGCGAACAUGGACACAAAG